UGUGAAUUUAGGGUUUGUAGAAAAACGGAAAAACCUUUGAGUUUUUCGUCGAUUUUUCUUUACCAAAUUUUUCUUCUUCUCUGUGAAUUUAGGGUUUGUAGAUUCAGUAUCAUCGAUGUUGUAUUUUGAAUUUAGGGUUUUCUAUUGGUUUUUCUUUCUUCUGCUUCAUAACUCCGUGCAGAGUUCAUAAAUCCGUGAGAGUUUUCGUCGUUUGAUGCUGGAUGCUGUUCUGGGGUUUUGAGGAUUCACACCACCAAUAGGUUUUCUGUAAGGGAUUUCGUUGCUCUGUAUAAGGAUUCGGUGUAGCAGAUUUGUGCAAAGGUUUUGUAUUUCGAUUUAGGGGUUUUGAGAUUUGGUUUCUUGUAUGAGUAAUUGAUGUUACAGUAUUAUGGGUGUUUGAAUUUGAUGUCAGGGUUAACAAUUUUAGUAAUUUUUUUGAUUUUGUGCUUUGUGAUUGAUUCACCAUAUUUAGAGGGUGUAGAAACUCCAACUGAUCUCGUCUUUGAGAGUGGUUGUUUUUCAGGCUGUUUCUUUGAGCAUUCAGUGUUUUGGGGUUCCCUAUACAAAAUUGAAGGCUUUGUUGUUGUAGCAGGGUUAUUGUUUGUUGUAUUUGGAUUCUGCAGUGGGGUUAUUGUUUGGUGUUGAUGAACUGAAGUUAAUUGUUUCUGUGUGUGUGACUAGUAGCAGCAGGAGGUAUUUUCAAGAGUUGCGUGUGUGUAGAAGCAGUAACAGGGUUUUUUUUCAUCAUAGAGGAGUAUAGUGCUCUGAGUUUGAAGUUUGUUUGAAGUUUCCUGUCUAUUUAAUUAGUGUUUCAGUAAAUGGUCUUUUAAGGUUUCAAUUGGGAUUUUUUACCUAAUUUGAACUCUUAACUUCCCAUUCCUUGAGUCCUAAUUGUCUUCUGGUUCUCUCUUUGGGUUGGAUUUUCGAAUUAAUUUGAUAUUCUCGCAAUCUUGUUGAGUUUCAGAGGUAGUGUUUGCUGUUACUGUUGUUUGUUUUCUCUGUAUUACUAUGCCAAGAGUUACUAGGUCUAGGUCUAGUCAGACACAAUGCUUACGUUCCAUCCCUCAAGGUUGUGUUAAUCAAACUGCAGAUGAGUCUCAUCAGUGCAGCAUUGAUGCAUCAGUAGAUUCACUUUCGGGCUCGUCUUCAUCGUCUCAGUUCGCAUCCACAUCAUUAUCUUCUCUCUCACCCCCAUCUCAACACCCAUCAAUAUCAACCUCACAGGGUGGUAAGGUUCCUUGCCCAUUCAAGGGAUAUGAUGGAUGUGGAGGUGGAGUUUGUGGAAGGGGUUAUGCUAAGAGUGUCGUCUAUCAUAUCAGCAUUUCCCCACAGAGAAGGAUAAAGAAACCUGCAGAGCACGUAUACAGACUAAUCCUGAUUGCUUUGCUGCUUGGGAAAAGGUCUUACUUGACAUGCAGAUGUGGUUUUGCUUUAAAUGUCUUCACAUACAUGCAUGGAAAAAGGCGUGUACUUCAAAAUUACAUAAGGCUGAUGUUAUUGCAGGUCUUUUUAAUGGACAUGGUGCUGAGUUCCUUAUUUACGGUGUAUUGAAGCCAUGGGCUGGUGGUGUGUCGGAUAAUGCAGUGGAAUCUCGUAGUUCUUGUGAUAGUUCUGGUUUGAAUGAUGCAGUAGUUGGCUUGUCUUUGGACAUGCUUCAUGCUGCAUUUCAGAGAAGAAUUACCACCAUUAUAAGUAUACCCCCUCCCUGUAGACUACAGUUUUCUCGAGUCCUAAAAUCAGCCUUGGAUAAGGUGAUUGGAAAACCUGGAGAUUUACAGGCAUGGCUUCAAUUGUUGUUGUUACCCACUUGCACGCUAAACCCAUUUGUACCCAAUUGUUCUACUGAAGAGAGGUCUGACACACUAAGAAACUGCAAAUUGUUGCAAUCAAUCAGUCCUUGAAUGUAUGGAGAGAGCCAAAUGGAUGUGCAACCUUGGUUCACGACUUGCUGGGUCAGUCCAAGCCAUCUGCAGCCAUCCGCAAAACAUCCAUGAAGACGAAAAAGUAGAUGUACUCUCAGCUAGUAAGAGCUUCCCUAAAGGCACCUCAUGUGGGAGGGAUGGCCUUAGGGCGCAGCAUCUUCUAGAUGCAUUCAGUGGUACCGCGGCUGAAAUCUCAGAUGAUCUACUGCAUUCAAUCGUAGGUGUAGUCAACUUGUGGUUAAGUGUUAGCUUCGUAUCUUGGGGACUUCCAGUUUGGUGUAGGAACUCCUUGCGGUGGCAAAGGCAUUCUGCACGCUGCCAACAGACUGCUGGAGUUAAAAGGACAUUGUGCAGCUCACACUAUGUUGUUAAUUGACUUCACAAAUGCUUUCAAUCUUGUCAACUGGUCAGUUAUGCUUACAGAAGUCAAUUUACAUUGUCCUAACAUCUAUAAAUGGGUUGAGUUUUGUAACUCACACCCUGACAGACUUUACUACAAUGAGCAUACACUUUCUUCUGCGAAAGGGGUACAACAGGGAGACCCUCUCGGUCCCCUUAUUUUUGCACUAACGUUACACCCACUUUCCAUCAAGAUUGUAGCUAGUUGUGCAUUGGAUUUUCACGCCUGGUACCUCGAUGACGGCACUAUCGCAGGCGAUACUCUGGAAGUAGCAAAGGCUUUGACAAUUAUCCAAAGAGAGGGACCUGAGAGAGGCUUGGUUGUGAACAUUAAAAAAACUGAGAUAUUUUGGCCUUCGCCUGAUCCCAGAAGCAACAUAGUAGGUGUUUUCCCUUCAACAAUUAGCAGGCCUGUGCUUGGAGUGAAAUUGCUGGGAGGGCCGGUCAUCCAGGAUCAACUAUAUUGUAGCAAUAUGGUGGUUAGUAGGGUUGAGAAGACAGUUCACCUGAUGAGCAAAGUACAGCAGCUGAAUGACUCAUAGUGUGAGUUAUUAUUAUUACGCAAUUGCAUUGGUGUUUCCAAGCUCUAUUUCACGCGGCAUACUACGAACCCUAUGGCCAUCCAAUAUGCGACCUCUCUUUAUGAUCAGCACUUAAUCCGUUACUUACGUCAGUUGGUUGUGGGAGAUGGUGCCGACUUUGGUCCUGUGCAACAACGAUUGGCCACCUUACCUAUCAAGUCUGGCGGUUUUGGUGUUUACACUAUGGAAGAUACUGGAAAGUAUUGUUAUCUUGCCUCUUACGCACAAACUCUGUCCUUACAACACAAUAUUUUAAAGCUUUGCUUCUCCUUCAGAACUGAGCACUUUUUAUGAAUAUGCUUUGCAGACAGUUACACAGGCUUGUGGUACUACAGUUUCCAACUUCGAUAUCAGAGAUGCUUCCCCCCAGUUUAUGAAGACCUUGGCAGCAAAAUACUUUGAUUUCGUCAAGGAAACCUUACCCUCAAGCUUUCCCUUGAAUGAAAGAGAAUCUAUCUUAUGGAAACACAACAGAGAGAAGCAUGCUAUGGACUUCUUAAAAGCCAUUCCUAUCGCGGUUUAAAUCAAACUGUUGGACGAGACAAUUUAGCAUCGUGCUUCAAUACCGUUUAGGCAUACCCUUCUUUGAAGCUGUGAGCUCAUGUUCUGUCUGCAGACGGCUAAUGGACCAAUAUGGUGAUCACGCAAUACAUUGUGCAAGUGAAGUGGGUAUCAAAUUUAGGCAUGAUAUGGUUAGGGAUGGUUUUGAUGACAUAUGCUAUAAAGGUGGAGUUGUCGCAAGGAAAGAAGCUUCUUUGGGCUUCCUUACCAAUAGUUUCAAAUCUGUGAAACCAGCGGACGUUUUGGUUUAUAAUUGGAUAGAUGGUAAAGAUGUUUGCUUCGACGUCGCAGGGGUAUCUCCAUUUACAAGUGCUAGAACUCGCUCUUUCACUCCCGGCCAUGCCAUUUCUGCUGCUGUAUUACGCAAGUUGCAUAAAUAUCAAGAAUCGUGCGCAAGGCAUGGUUAUGGCUUCCAGGUUUUAGCCUUUACUUCCUUAGGUGAACUAAGUGAAGAUACUAUCACUUUUCUAAAACGUUUUAGGAAUUGUUUUGUUAGAAAUUACGCCAACUAUAAAAUUGGUAAUUCACUUUUUCAUUGAAUAGGUAUUAUCAUUCAAAAAGGUGUGGGUGCCCAGCUUGUUGCUAGGAUACCCACCAUUUCUUGUAACAUUGAUCUUUCCUUAUAAUAAUAAUAAUAAUAAAAAACGGUCCACGAGU